GGCAGCUCAAGGGUCUGCCAGGCUUCCCCACAGUUGCUGCUCUGCACAGUAAUCAGAUCCUCACCGUCAAGAUGGUGUUUCCUAAAAUCAAUCAUGGGUUUCUCUCUGCUGAUCAGCAGCUCAUUAAACGCCGCCUCAUUAAGGGGGACCAAGGACAAGCUGGACCCCCUGGACCUCCAGGGCCACCUGGACCCAGAGGUCCCCCAGGAGACACUGGCAAAGAUGGUCCUCGUGGGAUGCCUGGCUUAACGGGUGAGCCAGGAAAACCAGGAGAACAAGGAUUGACAGGACCUCAGGGGCCUCCAGGACAAAAGGGUUCUGUCGGAGUGCCUGGUGUUCCAGGGAGGGAUGGACAAGUGGGUGAACCUGGUUUGCCUGGUGUAGCAGGAGAGAAGGGAGAAGCAGGGCUCAAGGGUGACCCCGGCGAAAGAGGAGAAAAGGGGGAUGCUGGUGAGAAUGGACUGAAGGGUGACACAGGAGAAAAGGGUGACCCUGGCUCUUCUGCGGCUGGAAUUAAGGGUGAACCUGGUGAAUCUGGACGGCCUGGACAAAAGGGUGAACCAGGCCUUCCUGGGCUUCCUGGACUCCCUGGAAUAAAGGGUGAACCAGGUUUCAUUGGUCCACAAGGAGAACCUGGGUUGCCAGGGCUACCAGGAACAAAGGGUGACAGAGGAGAGGCAGGCCCUGUUGGGAAGGGUGAGCGAGGUGAACCUGGAAUCCCUGGACCAAAGGGAAAAACAGGUGAACCUGGAUCUAGAGGCCCCAAAGGGUCAAAGGGUGAUACAGGUGAGAGAGGUGACACAGGGUCUGCAGGUCCACGGGGACCACCUGGACAGAAGGGUGAUCAAGGUGCAACAGAGAUAAUUGAUUAUAAUGGCAAUAUCCAUGAAGCUCUGCAGAGGAUUGCCACCCUGACUGUCACGGGACCACCAGGACCACCAGGACCCCAAGGGCUACAAGGGUCAAAGGGUGAACCAGGAUCCCCAGGAGCCCCAGGAGUUGAUGGAGAGCAGGGUCCUAAGGGCUCAAAAGGAGACACAGGUGAUCCUGGAAUGCCUGGAGAAAAAGGGGGAAUUGGACUGCCUGGCCUACCAGGAGCCAAUGGCAUGAAAGGCGAAAAAGGAGAUGUUGGUUUGCCUGGUGCCCAAGGUCCUUCAAUGAUAGGACCACCUGGACCACCCGGGCCACAUGGUCCUCCAGGCCCUAUGGGACCUCAUGGACUGCCUGGCCCAAAGGGUGUAGAUGGCCCAGUUGGUCCCCAUGGCCCUGCAGGUCCCAAAGGAGAGAGAGGUGAGAAGGGAACUGUAGGUGACCCUGGACCCAGAGGACCAUACGGCUUGCCUGGCAAAGACGGCGAGCCUGGCCUUGAUGGUUUCCCUGGUCCUCGAGGAGAAAAGGGUGAUGUAGGAGAAAAGGGAGAAAAGGGGGAAAAGGGAAAGAAAGGCAAAAAAGGGCCUAAAGGGGAGAAAGGAGAACAGGGUGCUCCUGGAUUAGAUGCACCUUGCCCAUUGGGUCCCGAUGGAUUACCAAUGCCUGGCUGUUGGCAAAAGUGAUGAAUCUAACCUUACAAGCAUGAAGUUGUGUAUAUAGUGCUCCACUUUUUUAUUUAUAGUUGGGAACUAAAAAUUUGAUUUUACAAGUCUGAAAUAUGUUUACAUGUAGCUGCUUCUACUUGUUUGCAAUAGUCCAUACAUACAUCGUUUUUUCACCUACAUCUGCAGUUAGAUGACACAAUAACUGCAGGAUAAACCUACAAAGAUUGUCUCUCUAAUGGGAGAGACCUCAGAACAAUGAUGAAUAAUAGAAAUUCUUAUAUUUUGGCAUGUGGAUAUGCAUGGACAAUGAGUGCCAUGAACUAGUUUACAAGAAAUUGUGACCAAAUAAGAGCAAAAUGCUAUGAAAUGUACUGUACCAGCUGCUGUUGGAGUUUACUGACUUGGCUUCCAUGUCCAUCUUAAACAUGUCACUGAUUCAUGACACCACAUCUGCUCAUAUGAACUAAAAGCAUGAGUUUGUGUGCCAAACCUGCUUGCUGUGUGAUCAUGAGUGGCUGCUCACAGUGACCUUUGAUUACAGCUUCUGAGUCAUUUCCUUUUGUCAUCUCAAGGGAGUCACACCAUGGCUCAUUGCUAAAAAGAGAUAAACCAGAGGAGCACAGAGAGAGGCCUUGAAUUUUUGGGGAAUAGCAUUCCAGCUGCAGGUGGAAGGCUUCCAGUCUCACGGGAUCUUGGCCCCUUUGGUGAAGGAGGGCCCUGCCUGUUGGUGAGCAUCGGUUUUGCCUUGCUCUGCUCAUGGCCGUGGAGACAUUCACGAUGGGCCCUGUCGAGUCCUUAACCAAGAGAGACAGAAUGUUGAAGAAGAAACCAGACUUCUCUGUGGGUUGUUUGAAAAGGUUGCAGAGGUGCUGCAGGGAUCAUUUGAUGGCAGACACCGCCUGAGACCAGAAGCUUCUCAACCUCGCUUGAGGAUGGACAGAGUAUUUAUACUCUGCAUAUUGUAUUUUGGGACUGCUGGAGGAGAAAGCACUCUUGAGGUGGGGAUGAAUCAGAUCAUCCUCCAGAGGAGGAUAACAAUGGAACUGACCAGAGAUUUAUGUAUCAUGGUGUGGUUUUCAGGUUAUUCACCUUAAAUUACACAUAACUUGCUGAACUUCGCUACAGGAUUUUGGAAGCAAUGGUUUGUUUUGUUUCCUUUUCCUGUUACUGUUGCCAUAAAGAAUGCAUUUCAAUAAUCUAUUCAACGUUUGUGAUGAAGGCAUUGAAGAAAAUACUUUCAAGCCACAUAUUCAUCUUGUUUCAGUAUUAAGAGUUUUUAUUUCCGAGUCUUUGAAGCCUUGAAGUCUAGAAGAGAAAGAGUUUAUUUUUGAGUUUCACAGAA